UCAGGAGAUCCAACCAGGAUGAACUCGCACGGGAUUAAAUGUGAGAGUUUGGAACCUACAGAGAUCUUCGGUACUCACCAAAUAUCAUCAGCUCAGGCGGGGGGAGAGGGCUACAGUGACCGCGCUACAGGAAGCUCCGUGCGGGAGGAUAGAGUGGAGCUCAGCCGCUCUCAGGAGAGCUUGUGAGGACAACACCUUCACCACAACACCCUAACAGGAGUCCUGUCCUACUUCACCUGGUACAGACAGCUCAGGAUGUGAGUAUGCACCGUAUUUAUUCCUGUUUACACGCUGUUUGAGCUGUGGAGUUUAAAUAAAGUUUAGCCGCGAGAAAAAGCUUUCACUUACCGCGCUGCACUGAGCGCCAAUCUGAGAAGGAAUCAAGUAGAUAAACUCAUGUAAUAUGGAUUUAAAACUGUUUAAUUUAGCAGUCUGUGCCCGAUUCAGGGUUAAAGAUGCUGCAUGUGUUUGUGAUCAGAACAGACGAACUGGUUAGGUUUAAUCACAUGGAUCUUUAGUCUUGGUUAGACUUUUUAUCCUAAAUGUGCACCAGCUUCUGUGUGACGCGUGAUUUUAGUGACACUGUGCUAGGGCUGCAACUAGCGAUUAUUUUAAUAAUCGAUUAGUUGGGCAAUAAUUUUUCAAAAAUAUUUGAAAGCUCGGUCUUGCAUAGAGUGCAGGUUACCGUCUUCUUGGAGGCGUUCAAUGUAAGUUGCUCCCAUACCUUGGAGUACUCGGGGCGCACGCUUUUUCCUGCAGACGCUUCUGAAACCUCUAUUGCGCGAGCGGCUGUGUAUCUGUGUGUAUUUAUGCAUCUUGAGGUCGCACUCCUCAGUGACGUGAGCAGCCCAACUAAUCAAUAACAACAUUCAUUGACAACGAAUUUCAUUAUCAAUAAUUGUCGAUUUUAUCGCUGCAGAGAUGCAGCUCAGCGCCAGGUGUUAAAGAUAAACUUACACUGCAAGUAUGGAACACAUCCCCACCUGGAGCAGAGUUACAUUUACUUUCAUAUAGAUGCUGAUCUACAGCUCUGUUACACACACAUGUCCUGAUCUUUUCCUUUCUUUAAACUGUGAGGUCUUUGUAUAAAAUCAUUUAUAAUAAUAAUAAUAAUAAUUAAAGAUGACAGUUUUAUUAAAUGAGAUAGUAACUGAUGUAUGGUUUUAGGUGAGACACUGUGGAAAGGCCUCUGGAGAUCAUCUCCACUACACAGCUCUUCUUCCUGUACUCAGGUGACAAAACGUGGAACUGAAGCAGACUGUAAUCAUCUGGAGUCAGAUGGAGCCUCUGGAGAUGAUCACCAUUACUCCCAGCACUCACUACAUGAGUCUACUUCAUGCAGCACUUUAAAUUUCCUAACCACAUUUCUUCCAUGAAGCUGAGGGUUCAGCACUAUCCCUAUUAAGUUGUAAAUAAAGCAUCAGGCUGUUACUUAACUCUAUCCUAGUACUUUUAACAAUCAAUAAGAAUUGUUCUUGAUGAAAGUUAUUUUGAAUUGGUGACUGUUUUUUCACCAAUUGGCCAGGCAGUGUGUAUGUGGUGGAGUGGUGGAACCUGUGGCACUGAACAUACAUUAAUAGUGCUAUCAAGGCUUGUUACUGUUCAGUUUAAGUAUUCAAAAGGAAUGCAUCUGGUCUGUGUUUACAUAGAAGCAGAAGUAGACUUAAGACCAUCUACAAAGCAGGACCCAGAAACCUCAGCGGAGAAAGCAACAGCACCAACCAGUAGAACAUCUUUUCCCUAAGGUGGUAUAUGCUAAACAAGCAUGAAGCUUCAUUGAUGAUGAAUUCAGAUGAGAUUAAAUGUGAGAAUGUAGAACCCACAGAGAGCUCCAGUAAUCACCAUCUAUCAUCUGGAACUCCAGAUAGGGUGAAGUCAGAGGAGAUUAAAUUAGAAAUUCUGGAUCCCACGGAGCGCUCCAGUAGCCACCACAGUUUAUCUGGUCCUUUCCACACGAACACCUCUGAGACUGAGACAGGAGAAAAGCUGUAUCAGUGCUCAAACUGUGGGAAAGGUUUCAAUCAAGAGAAGUCUCUCCGAGUGCACCAGUGCAUUCACACUGGGGAGAAACCCUAUUACUGUCAAGAGUGUGGAAAGACUUUUAAUGUUCUGAGUUCCUUCCAACAACACCAGCGCAUUCACACUGGGGAGAAGCCGUAUCAGUGCUCAGAGUGUGGCAAGAGUUUUACAGUGAAUAGUAAUCUCCUGAGCCACCAACGAAUCCACACAGGAGAGAAGCCGUAUCAGUGCUUAGACUGUGGAAAGUGUUUUACCCGAAGUGGUUCUCUUCAAAAACACCAGCGUAUUCACAGUGGGGAGAGGCCGUAUAAAUGCUCACAGUGUUUCAAGAGUUUUACCGAGAGUCAUGACCUCAUAAAACACCAGCGUAUUCACACAGGAGAAAAGCCGUAUCAGUGUUUAGACUGUGGAAUGCAUUUUACCCAAAGUGGUACUCUCCUACAACACCAGCGGAUUCACACAGGAGAGAAACCGUAUCAGUGCUUAGAUUGUGGGAUGCGGUUUAACCGAAAAGGUACCCUCCAACACCACCAGAGCACUCACACAGGAGAGAAACCAUUUCAGUGCUUAGAUUGCGGAAAGCGUUUUACCCGAAGUGCUACUCUCCAAAAACACCAGCGCAUUCACACAGGAGAGAAGCCCCAUCAGUGCUCACAGUGUUGCAAGAGUUUUACAGAGAGUCAUGAUCUUAUAAAACACCAGCGUAUUCACACAGGGGAGAAGCCGUAUAGAUGUUUGGAUUGUGGAAUGCGUUUUAGCCGAAGCAGUAGUCUUCAAAAUCAUCAGCGCAUUCAUACAGGAGAGAAGCCUUAUGCAUGCUUAGAUUGUGGAAAGUGUUUUAGCCGAAGCAGUACACUCCAACAUCACCAGCGGAUUCACACAGGAGAGAAGCCAUAUUAUUGCUUAGACUGUGGAAAGUGUUUUAGCCGAAGCAGUACUCUCCAACAUCACCAGCGCAAUCACACAGGAGAGAAGCCGCAUCAGUGCUCGGAGUGCGGGAAAAGAUUUGCAGAGAGUCGCGAUCUCACAAAACACCAGCGCAUUCACACAGGAGAGAAGCCGUACCAUUGCUUACAGUGUGGGAAGAGUUUUACUGAGAUUGGUAAUCUCCAGCAACACCAGCGCAUUCACACUAGAGAGAAACCAAUCUGCUCAGAGUGUGGGAAAAGUUUUAAGACACAACAAGCUUUUCAGCAGCACCAACUCAGUCACACAGUAAAGGAUGUCGACUUGCAACAGUUCCCCUCAGAAAAGGGGUACAGGGAAGAUUUUUAAAGUGGGGGAAAAAAGAUUAUUACAGAAUGUAUCAAAUUUUAAACUUGUACAACCAUGCUUGUACAAGUUCUUGCAUGUGGCUUUAAUGGUUUAACUCUCUAAAGGUCAUGAUAACACACUGAGAUUUAUACUCUGGAUAGUCAGUGCUAGUCGGCACAAGCCUACAUGAGCAACCAUCAUCAUCAGACAUGACCUAACUCUCACUCUGAUGUCUGUAUGGGGCCAGUCACCACCUUAACAACAGCAAGCAUCCUUUAAAGUACGUGUUAAUUUCAUAUUUGCACAUUCCUAGUAUACUGUAAACUGUAUAUACAUUGUCAAAAGAUGCUGAAAGAUUUAUUGUGUUAUACUCAAAGUAUCUUGUAGGAAAACACCUAUAAGUAUAUAGAUAAUAUUUAUAAAUAUAGAUAAAAACAAUAUAUAUAUAAUUUAUUUAUUUUAGAAACUGUAUGUGCUAUACAAGUUGAUCCAUCAAUGUAGUAGAGUAAUUAGUAGGUGUUUUGCUAGCAAAUAGAGUGAAUAAGAGAAAGCAAGAACUGCACGUGUUUGAGUGGACUCCAGGUUCAAGAUUUAGUGUCCCUAUACAAGUAUAGUUAAAGCAAUCCGUACAGUGCAUCUCAGAUUAUAACUUAAAUAAAAAUUUUACUGCAGGCUAGAUGAUACAAAUUAGUCAUCAAUAUUCUAUAAUAUCUCAUGUAUAUAAACAAAAUAUAGACCUCAAACUAUUGUAAAUAAAUAAAUAUGUAUAAUAACUAUAUAAGCAUGAAUAUUUUACACACCAGUGGAUGAAAUUUGUGUAAACAUAGAAAGUGAAUGUGUAAACUGAACUACCAGAGCAAAAUAAUGCGUUUUUAUUUUUAGAAUAAACCUAUUUGUAUAUGUAUACUUUUGAGUCUAGCAGCAUAACUUCUAUAUAGUGCUAGGAUAGAAACUGUAUUCAUACAUAACCAAAUGGACUAGUAACUUGCCUGAUGGCAAUCAUUUAAAUAGAUAAUCUCCAGAAUAAGACUGAUCAUUUUAAGGCAGCAUGUUCUAUAGAGUUACCUUUAGGUAGGGAAGGGGAUAGCCAAUGAUUUCCUGUGCAGAUUGGAUCACCUUCUGAAGCACUCUUUUUGGUUGACUCUUACCUGUCAUUGUACCAGAUGAAAACAGUGGCUCAUCGCACUCAUGUAAGCAAUCAGUUACCACAAGCUGCCUAGUUCAUAUCAAGCAUGAUACUGAAAAUAGUGAUGUGAUUCUAUUUAUUUGAAGUUUUCCUUUUUCUUUUCCAAAAUACGGGAUGGUGGCCCAUAUUACCACUGGUGUAAGGCUCUGUUUCUGUUACUGUUCGUAAGGUCAGAGGUUGGGCCCUUGAGCAAGGCCCUUAACUUUGUCUGUUCCAGGAGCAUCGUCUAAUGGCUAACCCUGCACUCUAACCACGGCCUAACAACAGGAAGCUGGGAUAUGGGAAGGCUAAAUAAUUUCACUGUGCAGUAAUGUAUAUGUGAUGAAUAAAGACUGAACUCAUAAAAAUCAAAAAUGGGCCAUGGAGUCUACCCUGACACAUACCAUAACACCCUCCCCUGCCUCAGACAGUUUGAAAAUUGCUUGGGUUUAUCCUUGUAUGCUCAUGAUGUAUGUCCACUUUAUAUUAAUUGGAAAAAAAAAAGAUUUUAUGUAAUAAUUAGAUGACUAUAAAUAAAUUCAUAUUAUUUAAGUAUCAUUCUGGUGCCUCAAGUGUCAAGGCUGGUGAUUCAACUAUUUUACAAUUAGGCUACUGGUGUAUUACAACUGGUUUAUUUAUUAGUUUUAUUUCAUUCUUAAAAGCUGACCUCUAAUCUUGACAUACCUGUUUAUUCCAGUUGUAUGUUCUGCAUUUUAAAUGGAGACUCUGUUGAGAUACGCCAGUUUUUGCAUGUGUGUUUACGCCACAGUGAGAUCAGAAAACCUAAUUUGUAUAAUGCUGCAAGUGCACAUUGAUGUGAUAAGAACCAGCCAAUCAGCUUCACCCAUUCUAUUAUCCUGGUUCAGUUGGUGGAAUUCUUUUUCUCUUUGUGUUUUCCACAGUGCUUUCCUUGUCUUUUUCAUAUAUUGAAAUUGGUCAUAUUCAUAUAUGCAUAAUAAAAUAAUUUUAAAAAUCUCUCGUCGUAUUUCUACACAAAAAAAGAAGUGUUACUUUCAAUACUGUCUUUGUCUUCUGGUGAUUUACACUAAUAUUCACAGAUCACCUUAAUGGCCAAAUUUUCAACCCACAACACACUCAUGGGUGUUUAGAAAUCUCUUUCUCUACAUGGUGAAAAACUUUUAUCUAACGUCUUUUCUAUCUAAAUUAUUUAUAUUUAUCUAAAUUAC